AGAAUGAGAAACCAUUGUUGUUAUCUCCGAAAAAUGGAGCUGAGGAUUAAUGUUGUCUUCUUUCCUGUAAUAAAACCCUAAUUUUCUUUUUCCUUUACCUUCAUGUUCUGUCUGUCUUUGUCCUUUUUUCUCCUUUUCCCAAGAAGCUGUCUGGUUACCUCAUUGCUCUGUUUCAAGUGAAGGAGGAGGAAAAAGAAGAAGAAGAAGAAGAAACAAUGGCAGAGUGAAAACAGGAACAAAUUUUGGGACUGAAUUUUGUUUCGAGCUUGAUUCUGAAGCCCUCUUGCGGAGGGAAAUUUCUAAAUUCAAAUGGAAGUUUACAGUGAAGAUCCUUCCAAAAGAUUCAAUCAUUCAUGUUGAUUUGAUCGAUAUUGUUUGGACGCUGAGAAAAUCAAAUCAAGGACCUGUUUUUUUUUUCCCUGUUUGGAAUUUCCCCGAGAGCAAAAAUCCAAUCUUUGAUCUGAAAAUCACUGCUUAUUUUCUCUCUGCUUUGUAUCCGUAACAUCCACUGUUUGACUUGCUAGCUGUGGUAUCGGUGGGGAGGUUGGGUGGCUGUCGUUUUAAAAAAUAAAUCUGGAAUCAUUUUUUUUUUUUUUAAGUUGAAGGGGGUGUGUAGAUCUUCAAAAUUUUUUAUCUUUUUGUGAAAUAUUCACGUUAAAAUUUCCCAGAAAGUGUGUCAAUCUGGUAGAUUUUCUCUGAUUCUCGAGGGUUUCAUAUGAAUCAGUGAAAAGGGUCUUGUCAGUGAAGUUGAUGAUUCUCUGAAGGCUGGAAUGGAAUAGUCAUCCAUGUCGGGGGCGGGUACACUUGAAUCUAACAAUGUUGGCAGGACAAUAAUUGUAACGUUUUGAUUCUGUUUUCGUCUGUCUUGAACUUGGUAUUAGUAUGGGUUUUCAGAAUUGGAUCUGUUAAGCGAGAAAAACCUCAUAGUAGAUAGGAUAUAUUUUUGUGUGAAAUGAGUCGGGAACAGAAGCUAGGGAAGCAGGAGAAAGGCAGCAGUGAUGGGGCUGAGAAGGUGGUAGUUGCAGUCAAAGCAUCAAAGGAAAUUUCCAAAACUGCUUUGGUGUGGGCUUUGACGCAUGUUGUUCAGCCUGGUGACUGCAUCACAUUGCUCGUUGUCGUCCCCUCACAUGGUUCAGGCCGAAAAUUAUGGGGGUUUCCAAGAUUUGCUGGGGAUUGUGCCAGUGGUCACCGAAAGUCUAAUUCUGGAUCAAGUUCAGGGCGGAAUGCUGAUAUUACUGAUACAUGCUCCCAGAUGAUUCUUCAGCUCCAUGAUGUUUAUGAUCCAAAUAAGAUAAAUGUCAGGAUAAAAAUUGUCUCUGGAUCACCAAGUGGGGCAGUGGCUGCAGAGGCAAAGCAAACCCAAGCUAGUUGGGUUGUAUUAGACAAGCAGCUCAAGCAUGAGGAAAAAUGCUGCAUGGAGGAGCUGCAAUGCAACAUAGUAGUUAUGAAACGAUCCCAGGCAAAAGUUCUUCGCUUAAAUUUGGUUGGAUCUCCUAAGAAGGAAGCUGAGGCUGCUUGUGAGCCAAAUUCUGAGAUACAUGAGGCAUCGGAAGAGCAUCUAAAAGACAAAAAUGGAUCAGAUUCAAUUAGAGGGCCAGUUGUGACUCCAACUAGUAGUCCCGAACUAGGGACACCAUUUACUGCAACUGAAGGAGGGACUUCUUCAGUUUCAAGCUCAGAACCUGGAACUUCACCCUUUUUCAUCUCAGAAGCAAAUGGAGACAUGAAGAAAGAGGAAUCAUUAGCCAUUAAGGAAAGUCAGGAUCAUGAAGAAUCUAGUUCUGAUGCAGAGAGUGAUAAUUUAUCCUUCUCUUCAGCAAGUUUAAGCUUCCAACCUUGGAUGUCAGAAUAUCUUGCUUCUCAUCAAUUGCCACAAAACAUUGUAGAAUGUUCUGGUAGAUCCAAUGACAAGGCUCAAUUGUCAACAACCAGAGCUUUACUAGAGAAGUUCUCAAAACUUGAUAGAGAAGCUGGAAUUGGAAUGUCAAGCAGGCCUGAUAUUGAAUUUAGUGGAAAUGUGAGAGAAGCAAUUUCACUGUCCAGAAGUGCUCCUCUUGGUCCUCCUCCAUUGUGUUCAAUAUGCCAACAUCAGGCACCUGUAUUUGGAAAACCUCCAAAGUGGUUCAGCUACGCUGAGUUGGAGCUUGCAACUAGUGGAUUUUCACAAGCUAAUUUUUUGGCUGAGGGUGGGUUUGGAUCUGUUCACAGAGGAGUGCUACCAGAUGGCCAGGCAAUUGCUGUCAAGCAACACAAAUUGGCUAGUUCACAGGGAGAUCUUGAGUUUUGCUCUGAAGUAGAAGUCCUGAGCUGUGCUCAGCACAGAAAUGUUGUUAUGCUGAUUGGGUUCUGUAUUGAGGACAGAAGGAGACUGCUGGUUUAUGAGUAUAUAUGCAAUGGCUCUCUGGAUUCUCACCUAUAUGGUACUUCUCAUUAUCCAUGUCUAGAAUAUGUGCUGCUUAACUGUUACCACUGCACCCACUCAUGCUGAUAAAAAGUCACCACAGGUGUUAACAUGGGUCAUCAUCCAAGUAUUCUUUGAAGUUCUUGCUAUCUUUGUUUAUAAUUGCCAUUCCUUUUAACCAUUUAUUUCUGAUAUUGAACUUCCAAAAUUCCUAACAUCAUAUUAUUUGAAACAGUUUCUUAGAACCUGUUCAUCUCCUCACCUUCCUCCUUUGCUGUCCCAAGAAAACCCAUAACUGAGA